AUGGCUGUAGGGCACCACACGCCCAAGAGGCAGUCGGUGUGGGCGGCAGCGUUUGGCGUCUUGCUGCUGGCAGGAGCUAGAGCUGCUGUAGCACAGACAGGUGACCACGUCAGCAUGAACAGUGGCAGCAAGAAUGCAGUCAUAGUCACCGCUGCUUCCACCGUAAACGGUGCUGCUUCUAACGGGGACGCUAGCACCAACAUUCUUGUGAGGAAUGCGGCAGGCGGGGCAGGAAGGAAGGUGGUUGGCAGCGAGGGAGAGAAGGCAGAGGGAGCAGCGAGGAGAGGAGAGGAAGGAGAGAAGGGGCAAGUGAGAGAGGGGCAGGGUGGGGGAGAGGAGCGGAAAGAGGAGGAAGAGGAGAGGGAAGGAGUGGAGGAGGAGGCGGAGAUGGGUCGGGCGUACAGCCGGUGGGUGGAGAAGCCGGCAAGCCUGAGCGUGCCCCUCAGGGUGGUGGCGCUCAGAGGCACAGUGGCGAGCAUGUGGCGCAAGGUGAGAGGCACAGUGGCGAGCAUGUGGCGCAAGGUGAGAGGCACAGUGGCGAGCAUGUGGCGCAAGGUGAGAGGCACAGUGGCGAGCAUGUGGCGCACGGUGAGAGGCACAGUGGCGAGCAUGUGGCGCAAGGUGAGAGGCACAGUGGCGAGCAUGUGGCGCAAGGUGAGAGGCACAGUGGCGAGCAUGUGGCGCAAGGUGAGAGGCACAGUGGCGAGCAUGUGGCGCAAGGUGAGAGGCACAGUGGCGAGCAUGUGGCGCAAGGUGAGAGGCACAGUGGCGAGCAUGUGGCGCAAGGUGAGAGGCACAGUGGCGAGCAUGUGGCGCAAGGUGAGAGGCACAGUGUCGAGCAUGUGGCGCAAGGUGAGAGGCACAGUGGCGAGCAUGUGGCGCAAGGUGAGAGGCACAGUGGCGAGCAUGUGGCGCAAGGUGAGAGGCACAGUGGCGAGCAUGUGGCGCAAGGUGAGAGGCACAGUGGCGAGCAUGUGGCGCAAGGUGAGAGGCACAGUGGCGAGCAUGUGGCGCAAGGUGAGAGGCACAGUGGCGAGCAUGUGGCGCAAGGUGAGAGGCACAGUGGCGAGCAUGUGGCGCAAGGUGAGAGGCACAGUGGCGAGCAUGUGGCGCAAGGUGAGAGGCACAGUGGCGAGCAUGUGGCGCAAGGUGAGAGGCACAGUGGCGAGCAUGUGGCGCAAGGUGAGAGGCACAGUGGCGAGCAUGUGGCGCAAGGUGAGAGGCACAGUGGCGAGCAUGUGGCGCAAGGUGAGAGGCACAGUGGCGAGCAUGUGGCGCACGGUGAGAGGCACAGUGGCGAGCAUGUGGCGCAAGGUGAGAGGCACAGUGGCGAGCAUGUGGCGCAAGGUGAGAGGCACAGUGGCGAGCAUGUGGCGCAAGGUGAGAGGCACAGUGGCGAGCAUGUGGCGCAAGGUGAGAGGCACAGUGGCGAGCAUGUGGCGCAAGGUGAGAGGCACAGUGGCGAGCAUGUGGCGCAAGGUGAGAGGCACAGUGGCGAGCAUGUGGCGCAAGGUGAGAGGCACAGUGUCGAGCAUGUGGCGCAAGGUGAGAGGCACAGUGGCGAGCAUGUGGCGCAAGGUGAGAGGCACAGUGGCGAGCAUGUGGCGCAAGGUGAGAGGCACAGUGGCGAGCAUGUGGCGCAAGGUGAGAGGCACAGUGGCGAGCAUGUGGCGCAAGGUGAGAGGCACAGUGGCGAGCAUGUGGCGCAAGGUGAGAGGCACAGUGGCGAGCAUGUGGCGCAAGGUGAGAGGCACAGUGGCGAGCAUGUGGCGCAAGGUGAGAGGCACAGUGGCGAGCAUGUGGCGCAAGGUGAGAGGCACAGUGGCGAGCAUGUGGCGCAAGGUGAGAGGCACAGUGGCGAGCAUGUGGCGCAAGGUGAGAGGCACAGUGGCGAGCGUGUGGCGCAAGGUGAGAGGCACAGUGGCGAGCAUGUGGCGCAAGGUGAGAGGCACAGUGGCGAGCGUGUGGCGCAAGGUGAGAGGCACAGUGGCGAGCAUGUGGCGCAAGGUGAGAGGCACAGUGGCGAGCAUGUGGCGCAAGGUGAGAGGCACAGUGGCGAGCAUGUGGCGCAAGGUGAGAGGCACAGUGGCGAGCAUGUGGCGCAAGGUGAGAGGCACAGUGGCGAGCAUGUGGCGCAAGGUGAGAGGCACAGUGGCGAGCAUGUGGCGCAAGGUGAGAGGCACAGUGGCGAGCAUGUGGCGCACGGUGAGAGGCACAGUGGCGAGCAUGUGGCGCAAGGUGAGAGGCACAGUGGCGAGCAUGUGGCGCAAGGUGAGAGGCACAGUGGCGAGCAUGUGGCGCAAGGUGAGAGGCACAGUGGCGAGCAUGUGGCGCAAGGUGAGAGGCACAGUGGCGAGCAUGUGGCGCAAGGUGAGAGGCACAGUGGCGAGCAUGUGGCGCAAGGUGAGAGGCACAGUGGCGAGCAUGUGGCGCAAGGUGAGAGGCACAGUGGCGAGCAUGUGGCGCAAGGUGAGAGGCACAGUGGCGAGCAUGUGGCGCAAGGUGAGAGGCACAGUGGCGAGCAUGUGGCGCAAGGUGAGAGGCACAGUGGCCAGCAUGUGGCGCAAGGUGAGAGGCACAGUGGCGAGCAUGUGGCGCAAGGACUUCCUGCAGUCGCAGUCACCCCUCGCCAAGCUCACAGUGGACGCGCGCCCCUCCCACGCCGCCAUCGCCUCUGACCUCCUCGCCCCGCUCCCCGCCGCCACCACGCCCGCCGCCCCCUCCUCCUCUCCCUGCGCCUCUGGCGCCCCGCCGUUGGCCCCCUCGGCCGAGCCUUCUAAGGGCCAGGCUCGUGGGAAGAAGGGCGGCGCGCAGCCCUCCCUGCGCUCCGCUGCCGCCGCUGCUGACGUCGUCACUGUGGGGGACAGGUGGCUCAAGGAGCUGAUAUCGCGCAGAGCCCUGCUUCCCCUGGAUGGUGUGGAGCGAUCUGAUUGGUUCAAAGCCCUGGGGCCCACGUGGCUGGUGAGUGUGUGCUGUGCCAUAUGCCGCGCCCUAGGGAGGGAGGCUGUGCUGUGCUGUGCUGUGGGAGGGGCAGGCUGUCCACGAAAGCAUGCCUUGCAGCUUAGGCUGCUCGACCGCACCCCCUCCGGCCACCUAACUCUCCCUGGCCCGCCCACCACCACCACCACCACCACCACAACCAGCGGCAGCAGCGGCAGGGAGGGCGGGGAGGGGGCGGUGAGGGGCAAGGUGUAUGCAGUGCCGUACCGCAUGGGGUACCUGGCAGUGGCGUGGCGGGCUGAUAAACUCCAGCAGAAAGGCAUCAAGCCCAUCCAGGUACAGAGAGGGGAGGUGCGGUCCGCACAUAUCGUUUGCGGCGGGAGAGAGCUUUGA